GACGAGAGAACGGUGUUAAAACAGAUUGAAAAACAAAUCAGAUUUAUUUAUCUAUCAAAAAUGUCCCUUUAAUGCAUCCACUGUUUCCAGCUAAUAAUAACAAGAAUCAAAUAAAUAUUAAUAACAUUUUAUUUUGAAGAGUUUUAGCGGAAGUACCGCCUCCGGUAAACUGAUAUCAGACGUGGAGUUACGACAACCAGGCAGUGAGUAGAUAUUAGCAUCAAUAACAUGCAAUGAAAGAUGGUAUGGAUUACCGUUGCGAUUUAUGGACUUAUUUUUCUUUGACACCGGAAGUACGCAGAUGUAUUUAGUUUUAAAAUCACGAUAUGACAGGUUUUUACCUCAGUGAGGACAGCCAAAGCUCGUUGAUCGAUCGCCUCGUCAGAUUAGCUAGAAACGUGAUUUGAACUGUCAGAAACGGACCCACCAAAAAGCCUGAAAACAUGUCACCUGUACCCGUCCUACCAUUGGUGAUCAACUGUUUCUUUUCUGUACUCGGCUGUAUGGCCACACUGAAACUCAUUCCUGCUUUCAAAGACCAUUUCAUCGCAGCCAAAUUAUUCGGAAUUGACUUAAACAAAACGUCCAAAAAGGAAGUCCCAGAGUCCCAAGGAGUCAUCAGUGGGACAGUCUUCCUCAUCAUCCUCUUCUGCUUCAUCCCAGUGCCUUUCCUUAGCUGCUUUGUAGGAGAUCAGUGCAUGGGCUUCCCACACGAUGAGUUUGUACAGCUGAUUGGUGCACUUCUGGCCAUCUGCUGCAUGAUCUUCCUGGGCUUUGCUGAUGAUGUGCUGAACCUGCGGUGGAGACACAAACUCCUGCUUCCCACCAUGGCUUCCCUGCCGCUGCUCAUGGUCUAUUUUACCAACUUUGGCAACACGGUCAUCGUGGUGCCCAAGCCUUUCAGAGCCCUGCUUGGGCUGCACUUGGAUCUGGGUAUUCUCUACUAUGUCUACAUGGGGAUGCUUGCAGUAUUCUGCACAAAUGCCAUCAACAUCCUAGCAGGCAUCAAUGGCAUCGAGUCAGGUCAAGCCCUGUUUAUCUCCGGCUCCAUCAUCGUCUUCAACCUGGUGGAGCUCAGUGGAGAUUACCGAGAUGACCAUGUUUUCUCCCUCUACUUCAUGAUACCAUUCUUCUUCACCACAUUAGCGCUUUUUUACCACAACUGGUACCCCUCGUCUGUGUUUGUGGGAGACACUUUCUGCUACUUUGCUGGGAUGACCUUUGCUGUAGUCGGCAUCCUGGGACACUUCAGCAAAACAAUGCUGCUUUUCUUCCUUCCUCAAGUAGUUAACUUUGUCUACUCCUUACCUCAGCUUUUUCACGUCAUCCCCUGUCCCCGACACCGGCUCCCCAGACUGAAUCCAGACACAGGCAAACUCGGGAUGAGCUACUCUAAAUUCAAAAGAAAGGACCUCUCUAAAUUGGGACAUCUCAUUUUGAAGGUGGCAGAGUUAUUAAAGCUGCUAGAGGUGCGAAGAGACCAGAAGGGAGAUGAGGAUUUUAUUGAGUGCAACAACAUGACCUUAAUAAAUCUGGUACUGAAAUUACUCGGCCCCAUCCAUGAGAGAAACCUCACAGUCAUCAUGCUCAUCAUGCAGGUGAUCGGCAGUGCAAUGGCUUUUGGGAUCCGUUAUCAUCUGGUGCGUCUCUUCUACGACGUCUAGACAGCACUUGGGGAAAGAGGAGAGAUGACUGAUGAACUGAUAUUGUUUUAUGGAUCUAUUUCACAGGCUUGUGGUUCAUCUGCCUUUUGAUAGUUUCCAUUACCUCACUGUUACUUUUCUGCCUUAGACUCUACCUGCAGUCAAAACCAAGGGCAAGGUUUAAAGCUAUAUUUCACUACGCAGGACAUUUUCCCAUACAGUUUAAGCAUACACUGCUAGCGGUCGGAUGUCAACAGCAUUACUGUGUGUUCUCAUAAUUUUCAGUAAUUUCGAGCAGGAAAAAGUUACUGGGUCUUAAUGAGCUUGUGUGUCCACCCAGAAAGUAUAUUUUUGUACUUGUUUUUUUAAAGGAAAGAACAGUAAGUGGGGAUGACUUUCAGUCUUCAGGGCAGCCAACAUCAAUGGCUGACUGCUACUAAAUUGUUGCCAUUUGAUAACAGAUUUAUUGAAGUAGAAGUGCGCUAAAUAUAUAUAAAAAUAAUUACACAGCGGUCCAUUGCUUGAUUCUGCUGUUGAAGCAAAAAUGGCUUCAGGAAAAUGAGCUCACUCACACUUAAUUUUCCAUGACUAUCAAUCCAUGCAACAUUAAUUAUAUGAAUGAAUAAGUUAAUAUAAUUAUUUUUGAUUGUUUGUUUUUGUUCUUUUACCGCUGAAUGAAUUCUCACAGGUAAUUGUGAAGAAGAGUAGUGAAGAGAUGAGGCUAUAAUCUGUAUGAAAACAGGAAAUUCGAUUCGGACAGGUAAAUUGAGGGGGGUAUUCGAAGCGCUAAAGUGAGAUUAUAGUGUCUGGAUUGUUGGAAAGAGUUACUUAAGGUCUAUUGAAGGUAAGGGUGUCCUGAUGAGAAUAAUAAGAACCAAUUGCUUAUACCUUUCUUGGUAUUAUUGGAUACAUAGCUGUAUUUUUAUGACUGAUAUGCAUUUUCCCCCCGAGGGUUCAGCAGACAACAAUGUGAAUUAAACCGGCACUGGACUAUUUUCCUGAGGAAUGUAACUAUAAAUAAUAAACCUUCUCACUGUUGAGAAGGAAGCCUAAAAUUGAGAAAUAAAAGCUGAAAAGAAUUAAAUAUAA